AUGUCGACAACAAAGGAAGAUUUUUUGAAGAAUCCUACAUGGGUCAAACGUGUUGAUGAGUUUUUCUAUGUGAGAGAUGUCAACAAAAAUGGCUACAUUGAGCUCAAUGACUUUCGCAUUGUUGCAGAUAAAUUGACAACCCUUACCAACAACAAAAGGCCUGAGGCUCUAAAACGGGUACUGGAGGCCGAGUUGGCAUUGGCUGCAGCUCUUGGCAUCAAAGAAGGCGACAAGCUCAGCAAGGAACAGUGGAUUGACGCCAUGGCUUCACUGGCUGAAAAGCUCAAUGCUAAAUCAAAGGCUGGAGAGAAGCCAUUGACUGAAGACCUCACAAAUGCAUUGUUUGAUGUUGUUGAUGUCAAUGAAGAUGGAACUGUGAGCCUAGAUGAGUACAAGCUGGUGUUUAAGGCUUACAAUAUUGAUGAUGCAGCAGCUGCACAAGGAUUUGCUGCACACGAUAAGAAUAAAAAUGGUAAGCUUGAACGCCACGAGAUUGUUAACCAGCACACAAGAUUCUGGUGGUAUGUUAAUGAUGACUUUGGUUCUAAUGGUACCUUUGGAGAAAGGUUUGAAGCUAAAGAUUAA